GCGACUUUACUUGUGAAUCUAUAAAACCCCCCAGAACGACAUACAACCUGUUCAUCUUCUUGGCGCUCGUCUGCUUCCAACCUGGAAAAUGGGUGAAUCUCACACGCGAGAGACUAAUGUCGUGCAGGUAGAUACCAGCCUAGACACUCAUCUCAUGGUUCUCCUUCACCGCCACGAAACCAUCUCCGAUUUCAAAGUGAAUCUAUGCAAGGAUCAUCUUCAGUGUUUUCCCAAACUUGGAGAAAUUGAUAUAUCUGCGGUUAAGGUUACUCGUCAGAAUCCAUCGGGUCUCCUUUUGGAUUAUUGCAUGCCAGAUUCUACGCUCUUGAGUAGGGUUUUGGACGGCAUUGGUCAUGAUUGCUGGUCUGUGUUUGUUGAUGCUGCCGUCAAAGUUGAAAAGCGUGAGCUCCCGGGUGAAAAUUGUUUAAACCAUGAGUUGCUGCUUGAGAAUGGUUCUCUGGAACUGGAAGAAGGUUUGGAAGCUGAGAAGACAAGAAAGAAGAGGGAACUGGAACUUUCCGAUGGAGAAAAGAGUCGGAAAAAAACAAAGGUUGAUGUUGAUGAGAGUCACGAGUUGUUUGGAAAUGUUCAGCUUGAAGUUGUGGCUACUGAAUCUUCACCACUAGAUGAUACUCUUCCGGAAACAACCAGAAAAGAAACAGAGAUGUGUGUGGAAGAUGUGGGAAUAGUAAACGCUGAUACUGAUAAUCUGGUUAGCCACCAGGCAAAUCAUUUGGACAGUAGCAGUGGCUUGGCAACCAGAUCAGAAGAUGAUAUCAAUCAGUCUUCUGCAGCUGCUCUUACAACUUCAAAUGUAGAGAGUGUUGCUGCUGCUCCUGAAUCUCUUCCAGCCUCUGGAGGAGAAAAUGGUGGUAACCCUUUUGCUGAAGCAAGUCAGAAAGAUAAAAUUGGAACAGAUGAUGUGGUGAACCAUAUGGAAAAUCAUUUGGACACUAACAUUGGGCUAACAGCCAGACCAGAUACAGAAAAGAAGAGUUCAGAAGUUGACACAAAUCAAACUUCUGCUACUGCAAAUGUAGAAGAACGUGUUGAUGCUACACCUGCUGCAUCUCUUCCAGUCUCUAGAGGAGAAAAUCAGAAAGAAAAUGAGCUGGUUCAGAUUUCUCUCGAUGAUGUGGGAAGAGGUCAAAUUGAAACUGACAAUCUAGUGAGCCACACAUCAAAUCAUUUGGACACUGUCAGUGCGGUUACCACCAGGCCAGAUACAGAGAAGAAAAAAAGAAGAAAGAAGAGAUCAAAAGAUGUCAUCAGUCAGUCUUUUUCUGCUUCUAUUACAACAUCAAGAGAUAUUGUGAAUGAGAUUAAAGGAGUUCCUGCAAAUGUUGAUUCUGUUGAUGCUACUCUUGAAUCUCUUCCAGUCUCAACAAGAGAAAAUCCUUCUACAGAAGCAAGUCAUAAAGAAACUGAGACGGGUGAGAACAGCGGCGGACCCACGCCUUUAGCAGGUGGAGCACGUGCCACAGCCUGUUUUUUAAAUAUUAUUGUGCAGAGGUUCAAAGAUGCGGAAAUUGAAAAGAAUGAAACCGAGGAAAACAAUGCUUCUCUGGAGGUUGCAGACUCCCAAGAAUUGUCAGAUGAGGUGAACAAUGCUGCUCUGGAGGUUGCACAGUCCCAAGAAUUGUCAGUUGAGGUAAACAAUGCUGCCAUGGAGGAGACCCUUCUCAUGAAGAACCCACAAGAUACAGAAAAUCUUGAUGAUUCUUUUGCAGAAGCAAUUCAGAAAGAAAAUGAGCUGGUUCAGAUUUCUAUCGAUGAUGUGGGAAGAGGUCAAAUUGAAACUGACAUCCACACAUCAAAUUAUUUGGACACUGUCAGUGCGGUUACCACCACACCAGUUACAGAGAAGAAAAAAGGAAGAAAGAAGAGAUCAAAAGAUGUCAUCAGUCAGUCUUUUUCUGCUUCUAUUACAACUUCAAGAGAUAUUGUGACAAGAAAAACCAGAAAAUCCAAGACCCCAGCUGAAGAAGAUACUCUGGUCGUUUCCUCUGAAGCACACAAUGUUGAGCCUAUCAAAGCUGUGGAAGGAGAAGAGCCUGAUAAUAUUAUCAGAAAUGUAACAGGUUCUUUGCAGGAAAACAAUGCUUCUCUGUAGGUUGCAGACUCCCAAGAAUUGUCAGUUGAGGUAAACAAUGCUUCUCUGGAGGUUGCACAGUCCCAAGAAUUGUCAGUUGAGGUAAACAAUGCUGCCAUGGAGGAGACCCCUCUCAUGAACAACCCACAAGAUACUGAGAGCGAUGCUUCACUUUUGAGAAAAUGCUCUGAGGAUAAGAGCCUUUCCAAGAGAAGUCCAAUAGAGAAGGCUGAUAUUGGAGACAAUUUUGGUUCUAGCCAAAAUCACGAGAAACCAAAUCAAGUGGCUGGUGGAGCUAAAUCUAAAAAGGAGAAGAAGGGGCUUGAUCUUCAUCCAAGCGGUUCCUCUAAUUGUUCAUUGAGCUCACUGAAACGGAAAGAUAAAAAAAGUAGAGCUCAACAACCAGCUAGUUCAAGUACAGAUCAUUUGCAGUCAAGGGUUCCAAAUAAGACGUCUGAUGUCUGCGCAGGAAACAAUCUGGAUGGAGGAACAAAUAAGUAAGUGACUUGUUAGUGGUAUCAUUUAGGAAACAUAAAUAUCAAGCAGUUACAAGAAGGCUUCAAUUAGAGCUCAGUCACAACCGUAGAUUACAUUCCUUCUUACGUAUUUAUUAUAUUUGUCUGGUUUAUUGCUGACUAAAAACCCGAUAAUGAUGUUUAAAAGUCAUGUCUGAUAUUAAAAGUCACCACAAGGGUCCACAACGUUAGCUUGAUUUUAUGUCUUAUAUUUUUUCCUCAUCGCCUCUUUUUCAAGUGGUUUUUUAAUGAUUCUUCGUUUCACUUUGUAAAUGGAUCAUAUCAUGUCUCACUAC